GGGUGGUGCACUGGCAUGUACGACUUCUGCGUCAAAAACGGCCAUUCCACAGGCCAGACAGGUUGUACGCAGACUUGCCGUGAGCAUGUGUGCCACCGCAACCCCGAGUGCAAGAGCUGCGGUGGUGACGUGUUCAACCUGUGCCCCGAGGUUUCGCGUUACCCUCACUAGCUCGGCGGUACGACCUUUGCUUCUUCAACAUCAUCCCCCGGGACCCGCU